AUGAAUCAGAGAACUGGGAGGCCGAUUUCACGUUCUGGUGAGGACGUAGUAAGGGGACUCUGGGCCGAGGAUGAUCUCUCCAGUCCUGGAGUUUCUACUACCCCAGAGCGCUGCACUGCUACCCCUCGUCUCCGUACGACUUUGGCAAUGCUUCCUCAGCUUUCAGGGUCACGACUUGAGGUCUCGUCGAACCAGCAGCUGGUAGUGACGUCAAUGCCGCCUGAUGGAGCCGACGAGAAUGGGAAGACGUUGUUGAACGUGGUGAUGAGUGGAGCAGCCUGCCCUGGACAGUUGGGGGAUAGCCUGUUUGAGAUGGAUGGACGGGAUGAAUUGGUGGAUGGUUCGGCAGGACAAGUAUUCGUUAGUGAGAAAUUGGCGGGCGUCACAAGGCACGGGACAAGAAGUGCGAGGUAUUAUGUGUGCUGCAAGAGUGGUGCUGUUACCAAAUGA